GGAAGACUCCAACAGUUAUCCAUAAACAUUACCAAAUUCAUCGCAUUAGACAUUUUUAUAUGAGGAAAGUCAAAUUUACUCAACAGAAUUACCAUGACAGACUCUCACAGAUUCUAACAGAUUUCCCCAAAUUGGAUGUUCCUUUUCCUGGGGCCUCAAGUUACAUCAGUGGCCUGAGGUCCACCACUGUUUGUGAUCCUGUCGCUUCAUCAGCCAGUGAUGGUCAGUGAGAAGAAAUUGUGUGGGGGAGCUUUGAUUUGUGCAUUGAGCCAAAACAGUUGAAAUCGUCGCUGACAGCAUAGUCGAGUUUGCUGUUGAUGAAGCUGUAGAAAGCAAGAGCAGACCCUGCUUACCCCACCGCUGCAAGGAUAUCCAUCCAUUUUAUGCUGAUUUGAUGAACAUUCUCUAUGACAAGGAUCAUUACAAGUUGGCUCUAGGACAAAUAAAUAUUGCCAAAAAUUUGGUGGACAAUGUGGCUAAAGAUUACGUGCGGCUCAUGAAGUACGGAGACUCUCUCUACCGCUGCAAGCAGCUGAAACGCGCGGCCCUCGGGCGGAUGUGCACGAUCAUCAGGAGACAGAAGCAGAGUUUGGAAUAUUUGGAGCAAGUGCGGCAGCAUCUGUCCCGUCUGCCAACUAUUGACCCGAAUACAAGGACCCUGCUCCUAUGUGGAUACCCGAAUGUUGGCAAGUCCAGCUUCAUCAAUAAGGUGACGAGAGCCGAUGUGGAUGUCCAGCCCUAUGCGUUUACGACCAAGUCUCUGUUUGUGGGGCACAUGGAUUAUAAGUAUCUGCGUUGGCAGGUUGUAGAUACUCCGGGGAUUUUGGACCACCCUUUGGAGGAUCGGAACACCAUUGAGAUGCAGGCCAUCACAGCCCUGGCUCACCUGCGUGCCGCGGUUCUGUACGUGAUGGACCUGUCUGAGCAGUGUGGGCACGGGCUGAAGGAGCAGCUAGAGCUCUUCCAGAACAUCAAACCUCUCUUUAUCAACAAGCCUCUUAUAGUUGUAGCAAACAAAUGCGAUGUGAAGAGGAUAGCUGAACUUUCUGAGGAAGAUCAGAAAAUAUUUGCAGAUUUGCAGGCUGCAGGAUUUCCUGUGGUUGAGACUAGCACCCUGACGGAGGAAGGGGUUAUUCAAGUGAAAACAGAGGCUUGUGACAGGCUCCUGGCUCAUCGAGUUGAAACCAAAAUGAAAGGAAAUAAAGUGAACGAGGUGCUCAAUAGGCUGCAUCUGGCUGUGCCGAACAAGAGAGACGACAAGGAGAGGCCCCCUUUCAUCCCCGAGGGAGUGGUGGCACGCAGGAAGAGAAUGGACAUUGGGGAGCCCAGGAGGAAACGGGAACGAGACCUUGAAGUGGAGCUGGGAGACGAUUAUGUUUUGGACCUUCAGAAGUACUGGGAUCUGAUGAACUCCUCUGAGAAAUACGAUAAGAUACCUGAAAUCUGGGAAGGCCAUAACGUAGCUGAUUAUAUUGAUCCCGACAUCCUGCAGAAACUGGAAGAGUUAGAAAAAGAGGAAGAGCUAAGGACAGCAGCGGGGGAGUAUGACAGCGAGUCUGACAGUGAGGACGAAGAGAUGGGGGAGAUCCGCCAGCUGGCGAAGCAAAUUCGGGAAAAAAAGAAACUGAAAAUUCUGCAGUCCAAGGAGAAGAACACACAGGGCCCCAGGAUGCCUCGGACCGCUAAGAAGGUUCAGCGGAAAGUCUUGGAGGAUGAGAUGCGCAGUCUUGGUGUUGACAUGGAUGACAAAAACAACGCCCAUUAUGCAGUCCAGGCCAGAAGGUCCCGGAGCGUUACUAGGAAGAGGAAACGGGAGGACUCUGUCCCACCCGCGUCUGUAGCUGGCAGCCGCAGCUGCUCUCGGACUCCGCGGGAUGUCUCUGGCCUUCGGGACGUCAAGAUGGUGAAGAAAGCCAAGACUAUGAUGAAGAACGCUCAGAGGAAGAUGAACCGCCUGGGGAAGAAAGGAGAAGCAGACAGACACGUGUUUGAUAUGAAGCCCAAGCACUUGCUGUCCGGAAAGAGGAAAGCCGGGAAAAAGGACAGGCGGUAGUGGCUGGGCGGGGUGGUGCCUGGCCUCAUCUGGUGGGGGGGUCCCAGGAUCGGGGCACCGCCUAUAAACCGCAGACAGCGAGGACACCUGAAGCUCUGGCUGCUUGCUCUCGGGCGGGGGGCGCGGGUGCGGGAAGGUGUCAGCGCUGCCCAACGGCACGGGUCUUCCGAGUGGACGGCGGGUUCUGCAUUUAGGGAGUUCUGGUCACUUCAGAUCUGCCGAACCGGAAAGGUGCACAUCAUGUGUGUUUUGAUGGAGAAAAAUCUUUCCGCAAGAGGGAA